UUCUUGCAGCAUGCAACAUUCAAUAGGAUUGAAAAAGGGCUUUUGAUGCAAGGCAUAGCUUUCAGAAUAUAUUUGUGCCUUUUAGUUAGCUAAUAGAAAAUCAUAAUUUAUUAUCUUUAAAUUUAAAAUGCUGCCUCAUUUUUCUUCUGGUUGGUUUCAUUUUGGCUUCACUAGAAGAUGCAUCUGGUACAUCCACGAUUGAGGAGUUUAUUAAUGAUACUGUCGUUCAGUUCACUUACUUUUUUUCCUUUUAGAGUCCUAGCUAGCCCACAGAUUACAUGAUCACAUGUUCAUCCAGUCAUUCAUAUAGAACACAAACCACCAUGCAUGAUUUCUUCUUUCUUUUUCCUCUCUGCCUUUUUUAUUCCUUUUAAGUUGCUUUGUCAUGUUCUCCUUUACCAUCCUGCUUAGUCUUUGUCUUCCCCUCGCUGCUAUCUGUUCUAUAUUUUCCCAUGCUUGGUUACUGCAAUAUUAUUUGAUUAACGGGCUGUGAUGAUGAUGAACCUGCACACUGGAGGAGCAGCUACUACAGUGGUGAUGAAGGGAUGUAAUAAUGGUCGCUAUCCUCGGAAUUCUCUCUACAGUGACUGCAUAAUAGAAGAAAAGGCAGUGGUCCUGCAGAAAAAAGACAAUGAAGGAUUUGGAUUUGUGCUCAGAGGGGCAAAAGCUGACACACCAAUUGAAGAAUUCACCCCAACUCCAGCCUUUCCUGCUUUGCAGUACUUGGAAUCUGUGGAUGAAGGGGGAGUAGCAUGGCAAGCUGGCCUGAGAACUGGAGACUUUUUGAUCGAGGUUAAUAAUGAGAAUGUAGUGAAAGUUGGCCACAGGCAGGUGGUGAACAUGAUUCGACAGGGGGGCAAUCACCUCGUGCUGAAGGUUGUCACAGUAACCAGGAAUCUUGAUCCAGAUGACACAGCAAGAAAGAAAGCCCCGCCACCGCCCAAGAGAGCUCCAACCACUGCACUGACCCUGCGCUCCAAGUCCAUGACCUCAGAGCUUGAAGAGCUUGUGGAUAAAGAUAAGGUGGAUGAAAUAGUGCCAGUUUCCAAGCCAUCAAGAAUUGCAGACAAUGCAACUGUGGACUCAAGAGUGGCWACUAUAAAACAGCGGCCUUCUAGUAGAUGUUUUCCCUCAGCUACAGAUAUGAAUUCCAUGUAUGAGAGACAGGGUAUUGCUGUGAUGACGCCCACUGUCCCAGGGAGCCCUCAAGGUCCUUUUCUGGGUAUACCUCGGGGUACAAUGAGAAGACAAAAAUCUAUAGGUAAAAUGCCUCUCUUGCAUGGRAUAACGGAGGAAGAGCGGCAGUUUCUGGCCCCUCCCAUGCUGAAGUUUACCAGGAGUCUCUCAAUGCCCGACACCUCUGAAGAUAUCCCACCRCCACCGCAGUCCUUACCUCCCUCACCGCCGCCCCCUUCCCCCUCUCUGUACAACUCCCCCAAAUCCCUGACGGCCCGGAGCUACGGAACCAUCAAACCUCCAUUCAACCAGAAUUCAGGUGCAAAAAUCUCUUUGGUUCGGCCCGAGAGCGUGGGGACGAUGAUAAGGGACAAAGGGAUCUAUUACAGGCGGGAGCUGGACCGAUACUCSCUGGACUCGGAAGAUCUGUACAACCGGAGCGCUGCGGCCCAGGCCAAUUUCCGCAGCAAGAGGGGCCAAAUGCCGGAGAACCCUUAUUCUGAGGUGGGGAAAAUUGCCAGCAAAGCGGUUUAUGUGCCGGCCAAACCGGCCCGGCGGAAGGGGAUGCUGGUYAAACAAUCCAACGUGGAGGAUAGUCCGGAAAAAACCUGCUCUAUUCCAAUCCCAACCAUCAUCGUCAAAGAGCCAUCCACCAGCAGCAGCGGGAAAAGCAGCCAAGGGAGCAGCAUGGAGAUCGACCCGCAGUCCUCAGAGCAGCCCGGGCAGCUCCGGCCCGACGACAGCUUGGGGGUCAGCAGCCCGUUCGCGGCCGCCAUCGCGGGAGCCGUGAGGGACAGGGAGAAGAGGCUGGAGGCGAGGCGCAAUUCCCCAGCCUUCCUGUCCACAGACCUGGGAGACGAGGAUGUGGGAUUAACGCCGCCGACCCCGCGGAUGAGGCAGUCCAAAUUCGCCGAGGAGGCCAUGUUUGCCAGUGAGGACGGUUUCCGACAGCUCAUGUCUCCGUCUCCCAUCCCCGCCCCCCGAGAGCCCGAGAACCUUUUYAACAGCAGCGAGCCCGGCAGCCAGAGCGACUCAAGGACAUUGAAUGCUCCGUCCAAAACGAAAGGUCCUGACGGCGGUACGGGGGUAGCCAAGCCCCUGAGCGCUCCCAGCCCGGACAGCUAUGUCCACCCGGUCACGGGCAAGCUGCUGGACCCCAACUCGCCGCUUGCCCUGGCGCUCUCGGCCAGGGACAGAGCCAUGAAAGAGCAAACGCAACAGAUUCCAGGCAAAGGGGACGCCGUCAAAACCGACCUUAACAAACCGCUUUACAUCGAUACAAAGCUGAGACCCAACAUGGAAACGACUUUUCCUGUUACUGCCACUGUCACCAGGCAAAACACCCGUGGCCUGUUGAGACGGCAGGAGACUGAGAACAAGUACGAGACGGAUGCAGGGAAAGAAAAGAAAGCUGAGGAGAAGAAGAACAUGUUGAUAAACAUCGUGGAUACCUCGCAGCAAAAGUCGGCUGGCCUGCUGAUGGUGCACACCGUGGACACGGCCAAGUCAGAUGAUACACCCGAGGAUGAGGAGGAGGAGGAGGAGGAGGAGAAGGGAGCCGAGAUGGAGCCGAGCCCUGAGAACUCCCCGCCGGAGAGGCCGGAGGGCAGCGAGGAAGCGGAGAGCGAGCUGAGCGUCCCUGCCGCGCCCGAGCCCCCGGCUUCUCCCGGCAAAACCAUCGUGUCUGCCAGCUCCGUGGACGACCCCGUCAUCCUGCCCUUCCGCAUCCCCCCGCCGCCCCUGGCCUCGGUGGACAUCGACGAGGAGUUCCUGUUCACCGAGCCGCUGCCCCCUCCCCUGGAGUUCGCCAACAGCUUCGACAUCCCCGACGAACGCGCGGCGGACCUGAUGGCGCAGAGGAAGAACGGCGCCCCUUCGCCCGGCCAGCCGGCCAACGCCCUGGACGGCAAAAAGCCGGCGGGGCUCUCAAACUGUUUGCCCGCCUCCUUCCUGCCACCCCCCGACAGCUUCGACAACGUCGCCGACUCCGGCAUCGAGGAGGUGGACAGUCGGAGCGGCAGCGACCAUCACUUAGAGACAACCAGCACUAUCUCAACGGUGUCCAGCAUCUCUACCUUGUCCUCGGAAGGCGGGGAGAACGUGGAUACUUGUACAGUCUAUGCAGAUGGGCAAACAUUUCUGGUGGACAAACCCCCAGUACCUCCUAAGCCAAAAAUGAAGCCCAUAAUCAACAAAAGCAAUGCACUUUACAAGGACGCGCUGAUCGAGGAAACUGUAGACAGCUUUGUGAUCCCUCCACCCGCCCCGCCCCCGCCUCCCAUCAGUGCCCCGCCCAACCUGGCGAAAGUUGUCCCCCAAAGGACAUCCAAGCUAUGGGGGGACGUGCCCGAGGUGAAAAGCCCGAUUCUCUCAGGCCCCAAGGCUAAUGUCAUUAGUGAAUUGAACUCAAUACUGCAGCAAAUGAACAGGGAGAAAUCCUCAAAGCCAGGGGAGGGAUUGGAGUCGCCGACUGGAACGAAAACCGCGAGUCUCAGUACAAGGAGCACGGAAGUCAUGAGCACUGUCUCAGGUACACGAAGUACAACCAUCACUUUCACUGUCCGCCCCGGAGCCAGCCAGCCCAUCUCCCUGCAGAGCAGGUCCCCCGACUAUGACAGCAGGACCUCAGGAGCCAGGCAYGCUCCCAGCCCUGUGAUGUCACCGACAGAGAUUAACAAAGACAUCCUGCCUGCCUCUCUGACUGCCUCUGCUUCAGCCUCCUCUCCGUCUCCAACUCUGUCCGAUGUAUUUAGCCUCCCCAGCCAGCCCCCUUCUGGGGACUUGUUUGGCUUGACCACAGGGCGCAGCAGGUCUCCUUCUCCCUCAAUAUUACAACAGCCAAUCUCAAAUAAGCCUUUUACAACUAAGCCUGUCCACCUGUGGACUAAACCAGAUGUGGCAGAUUGGUUGGAAAGUCUAAACUUAGGUGAACACAAAGAAACAUUUAUGGACAAUGAAAUAGAUGGCACACAUUUACCAAAUCUACAGAAGGAAGAUCUGAUAGACCUUGGAGUGACUAGAGUUGGGCACAGAAUGAACAUAGAAAGAGCUUUGAAGCAGCUGCUGGACAGAUAAGAAUAGCUAUUUUGCCUCACCAACUUGUGUUGAUAACUAGAGAUGGGCUGGUACUGACAUACCCCAAAUGCCUUGUCUGUCUGCGAGUGCCAGCAAAAUUGGGGGGGAGGGGGAACACAGACCAAUUCCUGGUACUCAGGUGAUGCAGACUGCCUGCUACAUGCCCAAACACAAACCUAAAGAUGCUAAAGAUGUGGGGCCAUUUUAUUUCAAAGCUGUGGGGAGAUGUGUGAGAGAGACAAUUGUUAACUUAAAACAUGRUAUCUCUUGAUACUGCCCUCGGCCGGGACCGUCACGGGAUGAUUUUCUUUUACAAUUGCAAACAUUUCAGGGCUUCUUUUAUUGGAAAAACAAAGAAUUGCAUUUGCUUUUAUUCUCUUCUUGACAUUCAGUCUCRGAAUGGGCUUCCUUCCCCAGCCCUUGGUUCAUUUUUAGAGGACAGGUUGCUCCAUUGCCACUCAAACCCAGUUUGACCGGCAUCAGAGAUACUGAGCUGGGUGCAGGAGUUCACGUUGCUCUUUUUUUACAGCUUUAGCUCCCUGGUUUGUUGGCAGUGAAGCUGGUUCUUGUGCUGGAGUCAGUCCAAAGGAAACCUUGCUCUGUUUUACCUGGUAUUUCUUUAUUUCUGCAGUUGUAUUUAGCGCUCUUCCAAGGUGGCAGAACAAGUGCAGGGCACGCUCCGUUGGGAUGGAGCAGGGGCUGAGCAGAGGUCGAGGAGGGACAACAGAACACACAGAGGGACAAGAGAGCAGAGCUGGGUGGAACCUGAGACCCCCUGGUUCUCAAUCUGCUGCUGAAUCAAGUGUGAACUCCACGAGCCAGGACAGAUUUUGGGUGCAGCUUUGGGGCUUGACAGAGCCACAGAGAGCUGAGCCCUGCGAGGGGCUGUGUAAUCCAGGAAGGGGUGAGAGCUUGGCUGUGCUGAACAGCAGGAAGAGGAAAGGAGAGAUGGAUGUUCCUGCUGAAAUCAGGGGGAAGGGUGCCAAGAUGUGGAGUGAGAGAGGGAUUUCAGCCUGGCAGGGGUGGAGCUGCUGGAGCUCCAUCUGAGAAGGCAGAGGGGUGAUGCCAAGAGGGAAAGCACUGCUGAGCGUGGCAGGGCACGCGUCCCGAGAGCCAGGAGGGCUGGAGAGGGAUCCAGAGCCUCAUCCCUGCUCCCAGGAACGGGCUCAGGACAAGGACACCGGGCUGGGCACUGCCCCUGGCCCGUUCCCUGGCACCAGGGGAAUUCACCCUGCCAGAGUCCGGGGCAGAGAGGACGUUCCAGGAGAUGUCCAUCAGCAGGGGACAAACACCCACGGCUGCUUCACAUGGCUUUAAAAAAAAAAAAACCAACUAAUUUUUUAAAAAUUUUCAAGUUAACAAGUCUCUCUCUGCAUGUUUGAACUCCCCCUUGUAAUUAACACCUCUGAAUAUCUGUGAGUUUUGUAGGUCUUUCUGGACAGAAUAUUCAAGAUGUUCAAGGUGGGUAAAUUGGGUGUGGACGGCUACACUGCCUCCCUACCAAACUUUCAGGCUCCCUUACAUUUUGCAAGGUACCUGAACUUUCUUUCCUUGAUAUGGUCCUUGAUAUGGUCCAGCCUAUCUCUAAUUUUUUUAUUAUUGUGAUUAUUUUUUGCUCACAAACAAGUGUCUAAUUAGGUCUGCAACAGCCCUAGUAUGAGUACAUAAAGUUUAGCAUUUUAAAUAUCUUUCUUUACUGCAAGUUUAAAUAGUUGUACAGAUAGUUUAUAAGCACAAUAUUUUAAGAAAAUAAGUGGCUGGUCUACUGGGCAGCCUUUGUGCCACUUCAGUGCUAGGAAGUUAAAAACAGAAAAAAAAAAAAAAAAAAAAAAAAAAAAAAAAAAAAAGAAAAUAACUUUUUGUGGUUUACUACUAUUUCUGUGGAAUAACUAAAAAGUCUUGACCUUUUUAAAAUCAACCUCAUUUGGAUGCAUCUGAACCAGCAGAGCUGUGUUAUAUUUUCUAUCUUUGCUAGAACUUCUACAGAGGAGGAUGAGUGUUUCUUCAAAAGUGGUUACAGUUACCAACUGCAUUGGAAACUCAUAAAAAUCAAUUUAUUUAARCCUCCUGCCCCCUUUAUGGAACAGCAAAUCUUUUGACUUAACAUCUGUUACUGCGCUCAGUUUGUGUUUGGGGAGUUGCGAGGAACCCUGUGAUAAAAACAAGGCACCGAGGCGUUUUCCUKCCAGGAGUGCUGAGUUUUUUCCAGGGGAGGUGUAGAAAAUGGCAGUUCCACUCAGAUAGGUCGAUGCAGGCAACUUGAGGCCAUCACACACUUUCAAGAAGUGAAAAACAAAAAGAAAUAAUGGUAAUUUAGCCAUCAUUUGUCUUCCAUUUGGUGAUACGACAGAAUUCAGUAAAUAAACCACUGAUGCCAUGCUCUUUAUUUUUAUUUUUGUUUCUUUGGGUACAGUUGCUAUUACCUCUAUAACACGUGCCAGAAAUACGUUAGGAAAUCAAUACAGUAGUACAAGAGAAAUGUAGAAGUUGACUUUUCAAGCUGCUUUUUUUUGGAUCACAACCUUCCUGUGGGUCGGGCUGCCACACCCGGGGAGUGCCAGGGAUGGAGGGGUCCCUGCUCAUCCCUCCCUCGCACAGGAAUGGUCCCUGCUUGUGCAGCUCUUCAGGAAUUCCAUGGGCAGGCACAGAGCCAGGAGGAAAGAGCAGAUUAAAGAGCUCUAAGGGAAUAGUUUUUGUUUUUCAUGUUGUGUCCUGCAAAGCAAAAAGGUAAGGGAGACCCGAGGGGACCUACCAGGAGCACCAGGACGCGCCUCUGCCCGGUGGAGUUGGGUCUCCAGCUCCGAGGAGGGGUCUGAAAAAAAAAAAAAAAAAAAAAAAAAGAAAGCAAUAGUAACAGAGAAUGCCAUGGCCUCCGAGUGUUUUCAUCAGUCUGGAAAUGUUGGGGGGAGGAGAGAAGACCCAUUUCCUUCAUGCUACUCUGAUAGUGAAAAACAAAGUCGUUAGAGAUAUUAAGAUAUUCUGGGUUUUAGGAUCAACUUUUGUUUAUAUACUGUAAUUUAAAUAAAUUGCAUUUACAUGCCUAGUUUCUGUAAUAUUUGUGUAUACAAUACCAAAACCUUACAAGAUGUAAAUUGUGUAUAACUGCACAGACUCCUUGCCCUAGGUGUCUGAGAACAUUUUAAGUUUAAUUCAUAUAUUAUAAAAUGACUAGAUGUGACUGUUGAUUUACAGAAUUUACAUAUCACAAAAAGAAGUUAAUUAUUUGUGGUACUUAAGUUAAUAAAAAAUAGUGAUUUUUUUUUUCUUUUCCUCUCAGUUCUUAAAAAGCAUUACCCAGUUGAUCUGGCGAUGAUUAUGUGUAUGAGCCACAAAUAUUGAUAAUUUUUCCAUUACAUUUUUUCUUUUGUUUUCUAGAUAUUAAUAUGUUUCUCGCUAUAGUUUGUGUAACAACUUGUGUUCACGUUAUCUAUGUUGCUGUAAUUUUUGUGCUUUAAUUCCUCUUAUUUCGACUGAUUAAAAAAAAAUCAAGCUCCUGUAACUUGCACUUUUCCCCAAUCCUUAAUACUCUUGUAUGGCAACCAAAAUUACUGUAAGAAAUAAAUAUAAUAUUGCACUAAGGGUGUGGUUCUGAUUGCAAACAGAGAACACUGUCUGGAUUUUUAUUAAAAAAAGAAAAAAAAAGUUGCCAAAAAAGUUGCAAUUUGUUAUUGAAAAUGCAUAAAAUGCUUUAACAUUUUAGAGUUAGAUUUAGAUUUUAGAUAGAACCGAGGGAAAAUUAUUGAUUUAUUGUYGGGAAAAGCGUUCCCUGUUUAUUCCUUCUUUUACUUUGGUUAAAGCAUUCCUUAUGCCGAAUGUUCCGCUCAUUUGCCCAGUUUCAGGGGUCAUGCUUGGAAUCUGGAAAAGCAGGGAGUUUCUGGAGGGGAGAGGUAGAAAACUGCACCCUCUGGUUCUUGCCUUAAGRUGGAAUUGCCAAAUGCAGGGAAUGCUGCUGGUCCUGGCUGAGAUGGGUGGGAUGUGCCCGAGCUUUGUGCUGCUGACACUGCCCUGGGGCUGCUGUGCCUCACCAGGGCACUGAAAAUUGGGGUUUGGAGGGUUUUGUUAGUGGGAUGGAGAUUUGCCCGGGGCAGAGCAGCUUGGUGCAGGGGAGAAGGGAACAGCGCUCCGUGUCCGAAUUUGUGCAUCUGUGACUCAAAUCUGUACCAGCGGGGUCUGUUUGUACUGUCAAUAAAAAAGGCUGCGAAUGGAAAAACAAAAAAACAACAAGGAAACAAUUCACAUCUUCUUUUGGCUUAAGUUAAAGAUUUGUUUUUCUGUCUUUAAAUGGUGAUGCAAUGCCGAAUAUUUUCUAUUUUUAUUUUCUAAGAUAUUGGAAUAAAUGCCUAGAACUGUUGCCAUUUGGUUUCAUAUGUUCCUUAACUAUGAUUCUCAGCUGUCAUUCCAGUUCAUCAUUUUUGUAGUUCCCUCUUAUUAUUUCUCUCAUGAUUUCCAAACAACAAUUACUUGGCAGCUUUGUUUUGUUAAGAACGUAGAUGAGAACCAGCCUGUUUGGUGUGUUUUGGUUUUUACUUACUUCAGGUAUUGUGGCAAUCCAGUGCUGAACACCUGUGUAUCCAAAUAAAGUCAGGUAUUUCCAGUACAAAACAAAGAAUGCUUUGCAAUUAUCACUGCUUGUUGGCCAAAGAAAUGAGAAGAGUUGAUCAUUGCUGUCAUUGUGAGCAUUGUAUCAAUGUGUUCUGCUUUAUUCUUUGGUUUCUGUAAUUUUUUUCUGUUUUUUUUUCUGUAUUUUCCUCCAUUUCGUGGACUUUUCACCCCCUCUGGCCUCGACUGGGCCACCCAGAGCAGCACAGUUGUAACAACGCUUCAGAA